UAUAGUGUUCAAAUAGUUGACUGAAGUGGAUACAACAGUGAGAUGGCCAUUAAACCACUUUUAUUCCUACUUCUUUUCUGCGUAACUGUACCACUGAAUGAUGCGUUACGAUUUCUUGUAUUUGUGCCUGUUUACACAAAGAGUCAUAGCAUUUUAGGACAUGCUGUAGUUGACCAUCUACUGGACGCUGGGCAUGAGGUUGUUCACAUAACUUCACAUCCGAAGAAAAAAAUUGUACCAAAAUUGCAAGAAAUCGAUGUUCUCGACAUCUCUAUGAGGAUAAUGAAACAGUAUCGUACACCGGAUGCUCUAAACAUCACAAACAUAGCGAACAAGGGAGCUGCUCCUUUAUUCUUUAUAACUGUAGUUCACGAGAUGCACAAGCAAAUGUUUGAAGAUCCAGAAAUCAGACAGUUCUUCAACGAUCCUGAACAGAAAUUUGACGCAGUUAUUGUAGAAUGGCUUUUUUCUCAUUUUGUUGCUGGGAUCGCACCACUAUUCAAAUGUCCUCUAAUAUGGUUAGUAACAACGCAGGCGCAUUGGCAAGUCCUGGACGUGGUUGACGAGAUAUCCAACCCAGCGUUCAGUGCUGAUAUAUUCUCUAUAAACAUUCCACCUUUCACCACGUGGCAGAGAUUUGAAGAAUUGUGGGCUCUUGUGAAACGGUCUAUUGAAUUCAGAUAUUUUAUCACACCAGCGGAAAGAAGAAUUUACGAUUCAUCAUUAAGGAAAAUAGCACAAAGACGAGGAGUAGUUUUGCCUCCUUAUGAAGAGGCAAUUUACAAUGGAUCCUUGCUACUAAUAAACUCCCAUCCAUCUAUUGGCCAAGCAUACAGACUGCCUCAGAAUGCCAAAUAUGUAGCUGGAUUCCAUAUACAUGCAAAUGUGAAGCCAUUGCCAAAGGACCUCCAACAUUUAAUGGACACAGCUAAACAUGGUGCCAUCUACUUUAGUAUGGGUUCACAUACAGCAAGUGAAAAUAUGAGUGAUCACAUGAAAAACUCACUUUUGCUCAUGUUUUCGAAACUACGAGAAACUGUGAUUUGGAAAUUUGAAGGUGAAAUGCAAAAUGUACCAGAAAAUGUUUAUUUGGUGAAAUGGGCACCUCAGCAAAGUAUUUUAGCACAUCCCAACCUCAAACUAUUCAUAACUCAUGGUGGCCAGCUAUCUACAACUGAAGCUAUACAUUUUGGAGUACCUGUUAUAGGUAUUCCUACUAUGGGAGAUCAGCACAUUAACAUGAGAACUGUUGUACAAAAGGGCUUCGGUAUUACUGUAAAUCUCGCUGAAAAUAUGGCAGCUGACUUAUACAAAGCAAUCAAGGAAGUGUCAGCUAAUCCUAUUUAUAAAAGAAAAGCAGACGAACUUUCCAGAAUUUACCACGAUCGUCCGUUAAGUCCAAAAAGCGAACUACUCUUCUGGAUUGAACAUGUUGUCAAAACGAAAGGUGCAUUGCAUCUGCGAUCUCCGGCUUUACAGAUUCCUAUGUAUAAGAAAAUGUAUAUUGACCUUAUAGUGUUUCAAUUGAUAGUAAUGUAUCUAUUAUUUAAGAUAGCAAGAAGUAUAGUUUGUAAGCAAAAUAAGGUAACCAGGAAAAAAGUGAAGAAAAAUUAAAUAUUACAUGAUUUUGUGAGUGAUGGUUUUUCAGUGUGAGAAUAUGAGAAAUAGAAUAAUUACUUUAUAUGAAUUAAAAAUAUGUUUUGGUAA